CAUUUUGUUCAACUCCUGUAUACACCUUGAACCACAAUCAUCGUCCUUCGUCUAGUGAAUGUACAUUUCUUAAACCGUUUUUCCCUAUCUUUCGUUUCGCUCGCUCUUUCUCUCGAUAUCUGAGCAGAGUUCCCUGACACAUUACGCUAGAGGGAGAGAGAGAGAGAGAGAGAGAGAGAGUGAGAGCGAGAGCGAGAGUGUGAAAAGCGAACGAAACAUAAUCCCAACCAGAGAGAGCGAACGAAAACAAGCAAGCGCACGCCAAAGCGAGAGAGAGAGAGAGAAAGGGAAAUGUGUAUGUGUGUGCCAGUGUAUGUGUGUGAUUGAAAAGUGCUAAAAUUUUACUACAUCUGUAAGGGAAAAAAGCCUCCUUAGUUUAUACCGAACCUCUUGCUACUACUACUACAACUACUACUACAACUGUACAUAUUCAACAAAAAAACCAAAUCCACGAUAUUAGUGAACAUUUUUGUAUCCCAACAUUUGCGUUGCCAUUCGGUCAGGUUGCCCCAAUCAGCCCGAAAGUAUGCAACAAACGCAGUAAAACAGUGCACUAGCUACAACAACAACCAAAAAUAAAGCCAGAGAUAUACAAAGCGAACAGAAACGCGAAAGCUCCAACCGAGCGGCAGACGCGAAACGGGGUGGCCCACGAAAACCACGGGCGCUCAAGAUACGAUUCCCUCGUGCUUGGUAGAGCGUUCACGGCGUUGCAAACGGUGCAAAAAGAGACACACGCGCGCGUGUAAGACACAAAAUGGGAGCUAAGGGUAGCGUAGAGGCUGCCAAGAUGAACGCCGAUGGCUGGGGCCACUUCGAGCGUGGCAGCCGUCACUACAGCCACCGACAUAAUCAGCGGUCCCAGUCGUUGAACCGAGGCCAAGCUCUUUCACGAGCCGAUGUCAGUGGGAUGUGGUGACAGCAAGGAACCUCAGGAGGACAGGCUGGGUGCCCAAGUUGCGCUAUGGGUAAUAAACUAAGCUGCUCGUGUGCUCCGCUUAUGCGGAAGGCAUAUCGUUAUGAAGAUUCUCCUUGGCAAGCAUCCCGUAGGCGGGACGGCCAUCUCCUGA